AUGUCCUUGUCAACGACCGUCGACCCUGAUCUACGGAUCCUCGAGCCGGAGCACCUGCCGCUGGCAAUCAUCAUCAUAUCCUCCAUCUUCCUCGUCAUAUCGGUAUUGUGUGUUGGAGUACGAACUCGUGUGCGCCUCGUUGAGGGCACGUUCGGCCUGGACGAUGGUCUCGUGCUUGCGGGAACAGUGGUCUACGUACCAAGCGUGGCACUGACGAUAUACGGCUGCCUCGUCGGACUGGGGACGUUACAGGAGAAGCUCAACAUGUGGAUGUUCUCAGAGGCCCUCAAGAUCUAUAUUGUCUGGAUUUUGAUUUACGUCAUCGCCCUCGCCCUCGUCAAAUCUUCCGUCUGCCUUACCAUUCAACGAAUCAUCACGAAUAACAAUGGUCUGCACAUUACAGUUUGGGUCCUGCUCGGCGUCACGUGGGCUUCAUUCAUGAUUACGUUUGUCGGAACGCUGCUUUACUGUCACCCGAUUGAGGCCAUGUGGACGCCUGCGAUGAUUGUCAGCGGCCAAGGAAAGUGCGGCUCUGUGGACGUGUUCGUCGCCCUCGGCCACGUUGCGACGAGUUCGGCCAUUGUAACGGAUCUGGCCUUGGUCGUGGUGCCUGCCAUUAUACUCUGGGGCACGCAGAUGAAGACGCAGACCAAGCUGCAGGUCUUUGGUCUGUUGUCUUUUGCUUCAGUAGCCUCCAUCAUCACCAUGGUCCGCAUCCCCUAUGUCAACAAAUUCAAAGCCCAACAAGACCUCCAAUUCUGGGUCGCCCACACGGUGCUCUGCUCCAACAUCGAGACCGGGAUCGGCUGCAUAGCCUCAUCGGUACCCUCGCUACGCCGUUUUAUCGCGCGAACUCGCGGCACGUCGGAAAAGACGAACCCGAGCGGGAGCGGGACCAAAUCAGGGCUGUUCACAAUCGGUAGCAAGCCACUCGAGCCCAGGAGCCGCGAUCGUUAUCGCAACCCGACGGACGUGGCCUUCAGCUUGACAGCGGUUCACGGCCGAGGGGAUGAGAGCUGGGAGCGUCUCCAGGACGGCGACUCGGAUAAGGGUGACCUGCUGCCGAGUGAUCAAAAGGGAGGCAUUCACGCCCAGUACACAUAUCAAGUCGAUAUCGAAAUGUCCCACGACAUGAGAGCGGGUGGUCAACCUGGAACGGCGGAGUCGCAUCGCUGA